AAGGAAAGCGAAUUCCGCUAGAAAAGAUUCGUGCCGCCACUGAUGAUCGGAAAAUCGUCUAAGGGCCUGUAUAAAAAAGGGCGGACAUUUUGAAUAAAAUAUAUAUUUUAUUGUUAACCAUUUAAUGGUUACUGAAAAUUUUAGAAAUAUAAGUUAAUUAGUAAAAAAGUUACGCAACUUUUAUUUCAUCUCAAAAUUUAUGAACACACGAGGACACAUAUAUAUAUAUAUAUAUAUAUAUAUAUAUAUAUAUAUAUAUAUAUAUAUAUAUAUAUAUAUAUAUAUACUUAUUUAUUAAAAAUAAAACUUUAUCUUAGCUAUUUUACUAUCCAAACAGAGUCAUUGUACCGGCUUCUAUGGGUUUACAUGAUAAGAAUCAAAUGUGAGAGCAACUCCGCAACUCAGUCGCGCCUCCAAAGCAUAGUCAACUCGCUCUUCCCUAAAGGUUCCAAAGGCGUUGUACCACGUGACACCCCACUUAAUAUUUUCGUCAAGAUAAUUCAGUUCAUAGCUCAAGAGAGACUAGACUUUGCAAUGAGGGAAAUUGUUUUCGAUUUGCUCAUGGUUGGGAGACAGAUUAAAAUCAUAUUGACUCCAGAAAGGAUGUCUAUUGGGCUUCGAGCUUUUCUCGUGGUAGCAGAUAGUCUUCAACAGAAAGAGGGUGAACCACCAAUGCCGAGGACUUCCGGUACGCUACCAUCGGGUAAUACACUAAGAGUGAAGAAGACUUUCUUAAACAAAAUGCUGACGGAUGAAACUGCUAGGUCUAUAGGCAUGAGUGCUUAUUUCCCGUAUGUAAGGCGGGUGCUGGUUGAGAUUCUUCGUGCCCUCGAUGCCCAUUACGGAAGACCUCUGAUGUUGACCAAUACACAAAAUGUUACAAAAGAACAGGAGAUAAAUACAGGAGAACGAAAACCAAGAAUAGACCUAUUCAGGACUUGCGUAGCUGCGAUACCUAGGCUUAUCCCCGAGGGUAUGAGUCCGAGUGAACUGGUGGAGCUACUGUGCCGACUCACUGUCCACAUGGACGAGGAACUGCGCGGUCUCUCCUUUCAGAGUUUACAAACUCUCAUCGUGGACUUCCCUGAGUGGAGACAAGACGUACUCGCUGGUUUCACGCAAUUUCUAGCCAAGGAAGUUCAGGAUACCUCGCCUCAGUUGGUGGAGAAUGGUUUACGUAUGUUAUUACAAUUGAUAACAAGUUGGAAAAACGGUGAGCCGUCUUCUAAUACUAUUACGGGAGCAGGGGUCAAGCAGGAAGCUUUGGCAGCCGUGGUGCGCGGCGCUGAAGCCCUAGGGCUCGUUAUGUUGUGUCAAUGCAAACCAUACCCACGACGACUCGCCGUACACGUGUUAAGAGAGACUAAGUGCUUGCUAGAGAAGUUGCAGUUGACAGGCGACGAACCAGCAUUGAUAGACGCAGCGGACGAGCAUGUACCACAGUUAGCAGAACGAUGUCUGCCUCUAUUGCCGCCCGCUGAGAAACAGGCCGUGCUCGCUGUCUCACAGCCCGAUCUAGUCUGGGUAGCAGAAAGGAGUCACGCCGUUUGGACAGCCAGUACUCAGCAUGAUGAAACUUCUACCAAAAAUAGUUGGAGUGGCAGCGCAUCCAAUGGUGCUGACCCAUGGAAGGUGAUAUUGUUCGGUUUACUCGAGCGUUCUCGUGUACCGGCUCGCUGCCCUUCCACUAUACUGCAGGCGUGGCCAAUACUCCACGCGAGGAUACAUGCACUGUUCACCAUAAUAGAGCCCGCGUGAGUAUACUCAUCCUUUUGUGUAUCAGAUUAUUCAAUUGGAAAACAAUAACAUUAUGUUAGGAAUUUGAUUAUAUUUUCCAAGUACAAGGCUAGAGCUAUGAUAAUAAAAAUGAUUAUUUGCUAUUUACU